AUGAAUGCUAUCAAUCAUUCAAAUCAAGAGAUGAAGAAAGAGUUUGAGGUACGAGAUAAAUCCCAUAAGGCGUUGGAGAAGCAAGUGGGGCAACUUGCUCAAGAGAUGGCUCAAAUUCGUGGAAAUGCUAUCAAACAAAUUCCUUCAUAUGCGAAAUACUUGAAAGAUUUAUGUACCCAAAAGAGAACUCACAAAUUUCCUAAAAAACUUGAUUUAACCGAAAAUGUGAAUGGAAUGAACCCUUCUCGCGACACACAGAGAAGACUAAAUCCGAAUAUGCGAGAAGUAGUGAAGAAGGAAGUUUUGAAGUGGCUAGAUGCGGGUAUUGUAUACCCUAUCUCGGAUAGCCAAUGGGUGAGCCCGACACAAACAGUUCCAAAAAAGGCGGGUAUUCAAGUCGUCACAAACGACGCAGGUGAAGAGGUCGCCACUCGGCCGGUAACCGGGUGGCGUAUUUGUAUUGAUUAUAGGAAGUUGAAUGCCGCAACUUCCAAAGACCAUUUCCCUUUGCCGUUUAUUGACCAAAUAGUUGAGAAAUUGGCCGGACAAAAAUUUUAUUGUUUUCUGGAUGGUUAUUCCGGAUACAAUCAAAUUGCUAUACAUCCGGAAGACCAAGCAAAGACUACCUUUACUUGUCCAUAUGGUACUUUCGCAUUUAGGCGGAUGCCAUUUGGACUUUGUAAUGCCCCCGCCACCUUUCAAAGGUGUAUGAUGAGUAUCUUUUCAGAUAUGGUGGGGGAGUCUUUGGAAAUCUUCAUGGAUGAUUUCUCAAUAUUUGGGUCAUCGUUUGAUACAUGCCUUGACCAACUCGAAAAAGUUUUGAAAAGAUGUGUUGAGAAAAAUCUUGUUUUGAGUUGGGAAAAGAGCCAUUUCAUGGUUCAAGAAGGGAUUGUGUUGGGGCAUGUAGUGUCGAGUCGUGGGAUAGAGGUUGAUCGUGCAAAGGUGCAAGUUAUUUCUACUUUACCCUAUCCCACGAAUGUUAAGGGUAUUAGAUCGUUUUUGGGUCACGCGGGGUUUUAUAGAAGAUUUAUAAAAGGGUUUAGUGAUAUAACCAAACCCCUAUGUAAGUUAUUGCUAAAAGACCAACCGUUUGAAUUUAACCAAGAUUGUCAAAAUGCCUUUAAUGUGUUGAAACAAAAGUUGGUUGAGGCCCCAAUCUUGCAAUCACCGAAUUGGUCGUUACCAUUCAAAAUUAUGUGUGAUGCAAGUGAUUAUGCGGUGGGGGCCGUGUUGGGUCAAAGGGUAGAUAAGAAACCUGUUGCUAUUUACUACGCAAGUAAGACUCUCUCGGAUGCACAAUUGAAUUACACAACCACCGAGAAAGAGCUGCUUGCGGUGGUAUAUGCGUUGGAUAAGUUUCGUGCUUACAUAUGGGGUACUAAGGUCAUUGUUUAUUCUGACCAUUCUGCAGUUAGGUAUCUCAUGGACAAGAAGGAUGCGAAGCCGAGGCUAAUCCGAUGGGUUCUCUUGCUACAAGAGUUUGACCUAGAAAUUCGAGAUAAGAAAGGGAGCGAGAAUGUGGUCGCGGACCACUUGUCUCGGUUGAGUGUGGAGGAUUCUUCCCGUGAAGAAAUCAAUGAGACUUUUCCAGAUGAGCAAAUUUUAAAAGUUGGAAUAUUACCAUGGUAUGCUAAUAUUGUCAACUAUUUGGUUACAGGUGACUUGCCGGCUCAUUGGGGUAGAAGGAAGAGGUUGCACUUCCUGUCUCAAAUCAAGUAUUACACGUUGGAGGAACCGGACUUAUUCAAGAUUUGUCCGGAUCAAGUCGUUCGAAGAUGCAUACCCGACGAGGAAACAAGCGGUCAAGUUGAGGUUUCCAAUAGGCAAAUAAAAGAAAUUUUGCAAAAGACCGUUCGACCCGACCGAAAGGAUUGGUCAACGAAGUUGAAUGAUGCUUUAUGGGCCUAUAGAACGGCUCAUAAAACGCCUAUUGGAACCACUCCUUAUCGCUUAGUUUAUGGGCGAAAUUGUCACUUGCCAGUUGAGCUUGUGCAUCGUGCUUGGUGGGCUAUAAAAGAGGUUAACAUGAAAUAUGACGAUGCAGGAAAGGAGCGAAAGUUAAAGCUUUGCGAGUUGGAGGAGCUUCGGGAGGAAGCGUACGAGUGUGCCUCAAAGUACAAGGAUGACAUGAAGAGGGCACAUGACGCAAAGUUGAAGCCAAAGGAGUUUGAAGUGGGUCAAAAGGUUUGGCUCUACAAUUCGAGGCUUAAAUACUUCCCCGGAAAGCUCAAGAGCAAGUGGAUGGGCCCGUAUUUGGAUGUGAAUCGUUUCCGGUUCAUACUAACCUUUCUUGAUUGUGGGAAGUUCGGGCACUCCAAACGGGUCAUGAAGAUACAAGCCAUGUUUCGUGGGAGCAAAAAGGCAAAGACCUCCGGUCAAGGUUCAUCUUCGGGAGCCGGUUCGGGCUCUGGGGUUUAUCAAAGACGAUGGGAACAACUUAGUAAUGUAGAAGAAGGCGAUGGUCAACUUGAAAGACAAGAUUGGGCUUGGGAAGAGGCGAAGAAUAGUGGGUCGGCUUCGAAAUGGAAGGAAGAGAAAACAAAGGCUCUUUCUAGAUACAAGAAUAAGAAGUUGGAAGCCAAGAUGUGGAAGAUGAAAAUGGUUACGGGCAUUUCGAAACCCGUACCCGACAGGGCGGUUUGUGAACGUACGGUGGAUGUCGAAGAGUUUAGGAAGAUUGGGAUAGUGCAGAGGUUCGAGAAACUCGGUUGGGAGCGAGUGAUUGAUUGGUGUGAUGACAUCACCAACCGGGUAUACUUGGCGGCAGUUUGUGAGUGGCUAUCCACUCUUCGUUUUGAACAUUCCGAUAGACCAGCCCAUAUGUGGAAGUUGAUUGGGAACAUUGGGAAAAAUCAAAUGGUGAUGUCCUUCGAGCAUAUGAAUGCUAUAGCGAGGUUUGACUCGCUUGGGGUCGACGCAUACGAUUAUUAUGGGUAUGAUCAGUUUUUGGAUAACAAGAGGAAUGAUGCUGACCCAGUGACUCUCUUGGAGGAUACAUUACCCGGUUCUGGGGGUUCAGGUAAUGCAAGGGCAGAUUUGUCUCUGAUGGGAAAAAUAUUGCAAGGUAUCUCGUUGGAGAACAUUAUGGUACGGUUUGGAGACCGUGGGACGGUGAAGGCACCCGACUGUCGGGUGGUGCAUGCAUUAUUAUAUAGGACGCCCAAGCUCUCGUGGCGCCAAAUUGUUAUGAUUAACACAUGGGAUACACGGGAAUCGUUUAAACGCAAAAUGAUUCCUUACCCAAGAUUGAUCAGCGCCAUGAUUCUCCAACAAAACGAAUUACCUCAAGACUCACUAUGGGUAUCCAAACCCAUUGAUCAAUUCAACUUUGCCUCUAUGAGGCGACAUUGGAACAUAACCGUGAAAUCUUUUGGGCAUUUGCACACGGUUGAAGAUGAGCAAGGGGAUAGCUAUCGGUUCAACGACAAGGAGGUUGAUGAAGAAGGUGAGGAAGAAGGGGGCGAUGAGGAGAUGCCCGAUGUUGAGGAGGACAUUGAUCCUUCCGGUCCACGGGGACCGAGGCGUAGGUACCGAAAAAAGCAUAGGGAAAUCUCUGCCAAUGUGGCAGAUUUUGUGAAUCAAAGACAAAUACCGUCGUAUCGGUUGUGGAACCGUGCGGAUCAAGGGAUCUACGACAAUGUGUCGGCGGGUAUUGGUGAAGCAAGAGAGUACCAUGCUAGUCGGAAAGAAUGGGAAGAGGCGCAAGGGGCGUACUCACAACAACAAUGGGGUUUUCAAUCAUCUUUCCGCGAGAGGGUGGAAAAACAGUUGGAGGAACAGCAACUGCAACAUGCGUUACAACAAUCUCAAAUGGAACGCAUGAUACAGCUGCAAGAAGAGGAAAGGGCCCACAGACAAGCGUGGGAGGAAGAGGAUGCUAGACGCCGGAAUGCACAGGCAGAGUUGGACCAACGCCGAUGGGGGGCGUUGGCUUUCUCCAAGCAGAUGGCAAUUAACAAUUUCAAGGUACUCCAUGACCAAGAACGCCAUCAACGAGAUUAUCAAGCCGGGCUUCCAUAUGCUGAACAUUCGGGGUGGACUGAUUACCCCAACCUUCCUCAUCCGCGAGGGCCAGCCGAUCCAAUCCCUCACUGGCCCGAAGCAGUCGGCUCGAGUUUUGUUCCCAUGCCAUACCAACCGCCACCCCAACAAGAGUCAAGCCCGUUGGAUAACUAUAGGGAUAUGCUUGAGGCCCUUACUGGUUAUCCGUACCAGCCGAACCCGCCCGUGAACCCCAAUGAGAGAUAUCAGCGGUAG